AUGGCUCCCACGACGAAGCAGCAGGUAGAACAUGUCGCGUGGGUUGUCGCUUCAGAGCGGAACCCCGAGAGAGCCGCCGAACACGUCUUUACUUUCCUUGAGGAAGUCAGGAAAGGGCUGGCGACUGCGCUACCGGACCAACCGCAUCUCAUCUAUAAGCUUUUUGCCGAUAUCGCUCAAGGUUUGCGGCCGUACUCGACUCUGGGCUUUCCGACCGUUCACGAUGCGCAAUCCGCCGCGCAUCAGCAAACAAAAGAUCGCUCCAAUUAUCGAUCAAUUUUUAGGUUUACCCCGCAUACCGUGACCGGCGAUUAUAGCAACAGCCGAGAUACGGCCGACGAUGAAUCAGUCCUUCAAGACGUGGAUUAUUUCAUACGCGCUCUUGGCGAUGGCAGCCUAAACGAUAUCCAAAAUGCACCACCUUCCACAGAUUUACGCGGUCGCGGAAUCUCUCAAGUACAAUUUUCCAGCGGGAGCCUACGUCCUAAACUAAGGCGAACUUCGCAAACUACCAUCGGGCUUCCCCUCGAUCCGCGAAUCCCCUCGUCGCAGAACGACACUAUCCCACAAAAGGUCGGCGAAGUCCGUUACGAGAAGCACCGUGGUGUUGUCCAGCUGUACCCAACGGCUGAACAGUGCCAAGAUCUCACCAGGCUGAUCAAGCUCGCACGAUCAUUAGGCGCAAAUAGAAAUGGCUUCUGCAAGGUGAUUAUACCGUGGGACGGCCCGGAAUAUCCCCUGGCCAAACCCGCCAAUAACAUCAAAGUUCGAACGAACCGCUUCUCGGUCUGCUCACAGAUUGAUGGAACAUUCAAAACAAUGAGCUGGUCCAGCGAUUCGAGGCACUCUCACGAAAUCCAGAAGGCUUCCGACGUGCAGAUUGGCCUCCCUCCACACUCACCUAUAUUCCCACUCAAGGAAAACCGACUCUCCGAAACCAAGGUCACCAUCCCAGGCAUCCAUUGGCCGUACGCCUAUGUGUCCAACAGCGAAUUUGGAGCACCGUUUGCAAUGCAUGUCGAGGACUGCCACUUAGCAUCCAUCAACUAUCUCUACACUGGAGAGAAAGUAUGGAUCAUCGUCGAACCACAAAGCGGCAGUCGGCUCGAGGAAAAGCUCGCGGCCACAGGCAUCGAAAAAGGAUGCUCGCAGUUCCUCCGCCACUCUGCGAGAUAUGUACCACGGCCUCUGCUCGACGAGUGGGGCAUAUCGUACAAGGUCGUCCGCCAACUUUCCGGCGAAAUCAUCGUCACCUUUCCUGGCGCUUACCACCAGGGAUUCAGCACCGGCUUCACCUGCGCAGAGGCUGUAAACUAUGCAGAGGCCGACUGGUCAACGGCACAGUACCAGUUCUGCAGCGACAGGUGUCCCGACGGUUCCAUCCAAGCCCCAAUGAUGGCCCUUCUCAACGAGGGCGAUUCCCAGCACGACCAGCCCGCCACCAGCGAGGAGGCCAACCCCAGCGGAAACGAGAAAGAAGCCGCCGGCAGCAACAGCACGAAGCGAAAGGCCAGCGACGCGAUCCUCCCGCCGACCACCAAAGAAGCAGCAGCCAAGCGGCCGCACCUGCGCAAACAACCGCAGCAGCUCAAGGACAUGACGCUCUCGCCAAAGUUCUCCGGCGCGCUGGACGAGUUCAAAGACGUGACGCGCGCGCUGCUGUUCUGCACCAUCGGCAGCCCGGAGGCCAUGGUGCAGCUGCGCAAGGCGUGCGCCGCGCUGCGCGACCGCGCGACCCUGCCGCCUGCGUCCGUCGACCGCCACCGCACUGGCACCGGCAACACCGGCAACACUACCACCACCACCACCACCACCACUAUCACCGCCUGCCAAGCCGUCCUCUCGCUCGACCGCCUCGACAACCAAGACUUCGCCGUGCAGGUGCUGCGCCGCUUCUACCUCGUGCGGCUCGUGCGCUGGCGGAAGAACGCAGAGGUCGCCGCGACUGCGCGGCAGCAGAACCAGCGCGCGGUGCGGAAGUGCGCGCAGGAGCGGCUGCCGCGGUACGAGACGCUAGUGCUAGAGGACCUGAUGGCGCAGGCGUAUCCGUACCUGACGGACAAGAACGACGAGGGCUACAAGAGCAGGUACAAGUCGUUGCAGAACAGGAUCAGCUCCGGGAACAACUGGUACCUGCUCGCGGAGGAGUUUGGGGAGGGGAUCAUUGCUUUGGUGCCGACGUCGGACGUUGUGCCGAAUUCAUCAGUCGAGAAACUGGCACGUGGGCCGUUCAACCAGCUGAUCGAAGCUUUGAAGAAGCAUCGUGGGGGGUUCCUCCGGGAUCUCAGCGCCCGUGUUGGCCAGCAUCUGCUCAACGUGAUCAACGGUGAAGAGACGGGUCGGAAGUUUCUGUUUGAGGAUGAAAAGUGUAAUCUUUUGGAGGAAGCUGAAGACUCGAAACGGUUGAUUGAGCUGUGCGACUUGGAUGAGAACCUGACCGGCGCGAGCAAGGAACGCUCUGUUGCGCCCUACGGAAAAGGGAGACUAAUGGUGCUCUCCUUCCUCGGCUGA